AUGGAUGAGAAGUGGGAGUGGUUCUGCGGAGUAAACUCCUCGUACAUCGAAGAGCCGUUGGAUUGGUACGACGACGUACGCAACAACACGUGUUUUGUGGACGGUCUGGUAACCAUCCCUCACGCCGCUUUCCUCCUCCUAUCAUCGCUCAUUCUUCUCGUCUUAGGAUGCUGCACCAGCUACCGCCGAGUCCACACCAAAUAUCUCUUAGUCUAUCCGGGCCACAGCCUGAGAUGGCUGGUAUCCGUCCUCCUUCUUGUCAUGAUUAUUGCCUCCAUCGGUGAAGGCAUCAUGACGGAUGAGACCUACCAGGCCUGGAAGCAGCCCACCCAGCCUCAUCUCUACAUUCACAGCAUUGUGGCCUUCGUAGCUGUUGGUGUUUCGUUGAUUUACUACCAUCACAUGGAGCUAUGGCAAGUACCGGCCAUGUCUGGUGUGCUGCUGGUUUACUGGCUGUUCUCACUUUUCAAUGAAGUCCUCCGUAUCUUGAGUUUGGAGUAUCAGCAUGAAGUCGACGUUCACAUCGUCAUCUUUGAUGUCACCCUCAUCAAACUUGUCGGCUAUAUCGUCUUGAUACUAAUCGAGGCUAACGUCAUCAGAACAAAGCUUUUCGGAUGCUGUGCCAUUACGGCUCCCUUACCAGAGGAACUGAAGAAACCCGACAUGCUGUUCAUGCACUACUACGUCAGUCUGUUCUCCUCACUGGCCUUCUGGUGGGUGAACUGGCUCCUGAACUUGGGCUACAAGAAGCACCUGGAACUGAGCGACCUGGGCGUGGUACCAGACAAACACGAGGCCAGGUUCAACCACGAAAGGUUCCGGAAAGCCUACAGGGAAGAAAUGGUGAAAGCUGAGAGCAAAGGUAAGAAGGCGUCCCUGUACAAGGUAUACGUGAAGGUCUACGGACGGCGGCUCGUAGGCGCGGCGGUGCUGAAACUCAUCGGCGAGAUGUUCUUCUUCAUCAACCCACUGGCCGUCGGGGCGCUGACGGCCUACGUCACUAAACUCCAGUAUCCACCGGAAGAGACGCAAACCGCAGCACCACAUCACAUCAAAGUGGAGGAGUACUUCGAGAAUGGUUUCGUGCUGGUCGUAGUCAUGUUCCUGGCUUCCAUGGUCAACUUCAUCUGUUUGCAGACGCACUUUUACAUCGCCAUCAUCGAGGGUCUCAACGUGCGAGCUGCUAUCCAGACAAUGGUGUACGAGAAAUCGCUGCGCCUGUCCACUGUGGCUACAACGGGAGGCAAGAUGAACAUGGGCCAGAUCACCAACCACAUGUCGACCGAUCCCAACGCCAUACAGUUCAUGUUUCAGAUGUUUAACAACCUGUGGGCUAUCCCAGUGCAGCUGACCGUGAACCUGGUGCUGCUCUACGUCCAGAUGGGCUACCCUGCUCUGAUUGGUGCAUCGCUCUUCCUCGUGUUGAGUCCGGUCCAGUUUAAGAUCGCCGCUCUGAUCGGCAAGCAACAGAAGAAACUCUUGCAAUGCUCCGACGAACGCCUAAAGAAGACCAAUGAGUUACUGCAAGGGAUCAAGCUGCUGAAGCUGUACGCCUGGGAAGGACUGUACUGCAAGGCCAUUGAAGUCAUCAGGGGAAACGAACUCAGACGGUUGCUCAAUAUCAACAUGGGCUUUGUAUCCACCAUCCUUCUGACGUUGUCUACGCCCGUAUUUGUCACAAUUGUGGGUUUCGGAACCUACACCGCCCUAACCGGUGACAAAUUGACCCCGGAAGUGACCUUCUCGGCCCUGUCCCUCUUCAACAUGCUGACCAUGCCGCUAAUGAUGCUCCCAAUGAGCCUGCUGAUGUUCAUCAAUGGCGUCGUCAGCACCAACCGAGUCCAGCAGUUUUUGGCGGGUCCCGAGGUGGAAGGUGAAGACGAUCAACUGGAAAACGGCGCCGGAAAACCGCAAGUUGAUACGGCAGUAAGAUACCGGAAGCCAGACCUCGUGAUGAUCCCCAGCAGCGCCAGCGAGUUGGAGGAUGAGAAACCGGGCACGGAAAGGUCGAGUUUGCUCAGUACAGACGCCAAGGAACGGAAAGCGGCUAGAGGCAGCAGGGAGCCCAAGUACGGAUCGGCCGCCCAUCAGGCAAAGCCGUCUCAGAACGGAUCGAGCAGCAGGAGACUGCCACAUGGUGUUGCGAUCAAGAUUUCCAAUGGCAGUUUUCUGUGGGAUCCCGAUUCCGGUACGACGAUAUUGUCGGAUAUCAAUGUGGAGAUACCGGAAGGAAAACUGACGAUUGUCACAGGACAAGUUGGCAGCGGGAAAUCAUCUUUGCUGUCCGCCAUCUUGGGAGAAAUGACGACUGUAUCUGGAACGGUCCAGGUCAAGGAUAGGAAUCAGAUAGCCCUAGCCGCUCAGAAACCCUGGCUACUGAACGGCUCGCUUCAAGACAAUGUUCUCUUCUCGCUGCCUUUGGAGGCCAAGAGGUAUAGGCGCGUCAUAGACGCUUGCUGCUUGAAGCCGGACAUUGACAUCUUACCUGCCGGUGAUCAGACAGAGAUUGGGGAGAAAGGGAUCAACCUGAGCGGUGGACAGAAGCAACGAGUCAGCGUGGCCAGAGCCAUGUACUCUGAAAGGGAUAUCAUCAUAAUGGAUGAUCCAUUGUCUGCUCUUGACGUCCACGUAGGGAGUCAUCUAUUGAAAGAAGGCAUCAUGAAACUCCUGGUCAACCACCGACAGACCGUGUUGUUGGUGACUCAUCAGCUGCAGUAUCUCAACAGGGCUGAUAUGAUUAUCGAGAUGAAAAACGGCAAGAUAGCUGCCAUGGGGACAUUGGAUGACAUUAUAGCCGCGGACCCGGAGAUGUACAGCGAGUACAACAAGGCCGUCAAGGCCGUCAGCGAGUCCGAGGCCGAGGCAGAGCUGUCUGGGUACGAGUCCGAGGCCACACGGGAGGAACGACUGCGUCUCCAACAGCAAGUGAAGACAGCGGUCCUAAAAAAGCAGCCGUCCGUAACAGGGCAAAAGGGUGUACUCAUGGAGAAGGAAGAGAUCGAGCGAGGCUCGGUAUCCUACCGCAUGUACAUUCACUACGCCAAGAAUUUCGGCGUGCUUGCCCUGAUUCUUGCGUUUACCUUUGCGGGGCUGUACACGGGCUUCGCCAUCGCUACCAACUUCCAGCUGUCCGCGUGGUCCGAGUCCGGCCUCGGGAAUAGCACCAUUUCACAGCUUGACGAAUUCUUCGGAGUCUACGUUGCUCUUGCUGUAUCCAAUUUACUCUGUCGACUGAUAUCGACUGCCAUCAUCGUCUAUGGCGUGCUGCGAGCGGCCCGGAUGUUCCAUGAGGGUAUGCUUCGGAAUAUCAUCAAAGUGCCGCUUAGAUUUUUUGACACAACCCCAAUUGGGCGCGUUCUGAAUCGGUUCUCCAGUGACACAUCACUAGUUGACAUGAGAAUGACGCAGACAAUUAACAUGUUAAUGAGCAGCUUCCUCAACGUUCUGUCUGCCGUGAUAGUCAACACCAUCGUCAUGCCCAUCUUCAUCGCUUUCUUCAUCCCUGUGGGCAUUGUGUAUUACAUCCUGCAGCGGUACUUUCUGGCGUCAUCAAGGGAGCUGCAACGACUGGACAGCAUCAGCAAGUCACCUGUAUUUGCCUAUUUCUCCGAGAGCCUGAAUGGACUCACCACAAUCCGUGCCUACAAGUGCGGUGCCCGUUUCUACAAGACUGUUGUGGAACGCAUCAACAGUAAUCUGUCUGCCUUCUUGUAUCUACAGCUGGUCAACCGCUGGCUUGCUAUCAGAUUGGAUUUUCUUGGCGCACUGAUAGUCCUCAUUUCUGGUAUGACGACACUUAUCGGAGCAUUGACUGCUGGUUUGGAUCCAAGUCUAGUAGGGCUAGCCGUCACCUACACGCUACAGGUCGCUGGCUUCAUGAACUUCUUCGUACGUCAGGUCACUGAAAUGGAGAUGCAGAUGAAUGCAGUGGAACGAAUCAAGCACUACACAUCCGUUGAGAAUGAGCAGUACGAAGGCAAUGAUCCGCCGCCGGAUUGGCCGCAAGAUGGCCGAAUCCAAUUUGACCACGUGUCGGUGCGCUACGCCAUCGACACAGACACCGUGCUGGACGACAUCACGGUGGAUUUCAGAGCAGGAGAAAAGAUUGGAGUCUGUGGACGUACAGGAGCCGGCAAAUCGUCUCUCACGCUGUCUUUGCUUCGUGUGAUUGACAUAUUCAAAGGUCGCAUAUCGAUCGACGACAUCGACAUCAAGACUGUUCCCCUGACGACCCUGAGGAGUAAACUGAGUAUUAUUCCGCAGGAUCCUGUUCUCUUUACCGGAACAAUAAGGAAGAAUUUAGACCCGAUCGGUCAAGUUGGUAGUGACAAAGACCUGUGGCGCGCUUUAGAGAUUGCGCAACUUAAAGAAGUCGUGUCAUCAUUGGACGGUGGUCUAGAAUACAUGGUGACCGAGGGCGGUGAGAAUUUCAGCGUUGGUCAGCGGCAGCUGUUCUGUCUGGCUCGUGCCUUCUUGCGCAAGUCCCGUAUCCUCAUCAUGGACGAAGCCACCGCCUCCAUCGACCUCGAGACGGACAAAAUUCUUCAGUCCGUUGUGGCUACUGCCUUUGCCGAACGCACGGUGCUAACAAUAGCACAUCGCAUCUCGACUAUCAUGAACUCGGACAGGAUUUUGGUUCUCAAUGAAGGGAAGGUGGCUGAGUAUGGAACGCCGAGUGAGCUUCUGGAAAAUGAGGAUGGGAUUUUCGCCUCCUUUAUCCAAAACAAGGACAUGUAGAAACAUCGGUUAUGAUUACUAAUUAUCAUUACGGGAAAUGGGUCAUUUGGGAGACAUUCCCAUAGACUUAUGCACAAUUUUUUUCCAUCUUUAAUGUCAACUAACCCCAGGUUGACCUAAUCCUACCCCCACGAAUUUCGGUAUAAUACCACGAGCAAUCGCUGUAGCCUAUUUGCGACUGUAACAAUUUGCCUCUAAAUAGUAGUUGUGACAUUAAAGUACACAUUGGAAUAUAUGUCUCCCUAAUGUCCAGUGUCUCCCUAAGGAAUGACUAAUGACGAAACAUUGUCUCACAAAGAUACCAAUGAGUCAUUCAUUGGUUCUGUUUUAUAAGCUGUUACUUAAAAAAACUGGUUUGCUGUAUAAUUUUAGCGAUUCCAAUUUACUUUGUACAAACUUACGCUCGAUUGCACAAGAUUUUCUUCUGUAAUUAACCUUUUCAUGCAACUUGAGGCUGGAACUCAAAUUGUGAUCGCCGUACUUUCAGACUGGGGCAAUAUACUCGUGUUAUGAAGGAAAGUAAAUUUUUACCAGAACAGGUUGGUUGGUUACCAAAUGAGGCAGAGGCAAGUA